AUGAAAGUGACUCUUACACUGAAACGGCCACGCUCCGCUGAAGACAUUGCCUACCUGCAUGAGUCCCUCAAAGCCAUUCAUCCAGAAGUCACUGAAACCUCGCGCGAAGGACUCAAAAUAUGUUUCGCGGCACCUACAAUGGAUACUGAAGCCUUCGUGGAUCUGUUUCUUUCAUGGCUUCAUUCCUCUUCCCCGGAUGUGAUUAUGGAGGGGUAUGCUCUGGUUUCUGAUAUUUAG